AUGGUAUUUGAAACUGAAAACUAUCAUUCUAAUAAAAUUAAUGCUAUUAAUAAGGUACCAAAAUUUGAUAUCUUAACAGAGUAUCUUAAUUUUGCAGUUAAAACUUCACCAAAUGCUUCAGCUUUAAAAACAAGAAGAAAUGGUGAAUUGGAAGAAUGGACAUAUAAAGAAUAUAAAGAAAAUAUUUACAGGGUCGCAAAGUCAUUGUUAAAAAUGCAAUUAACACAAUAUUCAUCAGUUAAUAUAAACAGCUAUAAUAAUCCUGAAUGGUUCUUUAUAUUUUUUGGAUGCAUUUUUUCAAAGUACUUACCCACUGGUAUUUAUUGCACAUCAUCACCCUCCCAAUGCCAAACAAGCUUUAAUGAAUCCAAUUCUGAAAUUGUUUUUGUUGAAGAUGAAGAUAGAUUAAAUAACUAUAUAGAAAUUAAAGACGACAUACCAAAAUGUAAAGCUAUAAUUUUAAUGGAAUCUUUGGGGGGUGAAAAAAAAAAUUAUUCAGAACUUCCUUUUAAAGUAUACCAUUGGUCCGAGUUUUUAGAAAUUGGAAAUGAUAUUAAUGAUACAGAAAUUGAUGAAAUUUCGGCUUCAAUUAAAAAUGAGGAUUUGGCUUCUUUUAUUUUCACCAGUGGGACCACAUCAAAACCCAAGUUAUGUAUGAUUUCACAUAAAAACUAUGUUUCUAUUGGUUAUUAUGGUAUUCAAUUAUUCGUUGGAAAUGCAGAUUAUGGGGAAUAUGUAUUUAUUUCAUAUUUACCUUUAAGUCAUAUUGCAGAUCAAAUAACAACACUUGUUAUUGCAUUAAUGUCACAAUCAUGUGUUAUCUUUGGUGAUAGAAAUGCAUUAAAAGGUACUCUUAUAAACACCUUAAAAGAAUUUAAACCAUCAGUUAUUUGUGGAGUACCUCGUAUUUUUGAAAAAAUACAAACUUCAAUUGAAAAUGAAAUUAAGAAAGCUUCUGGGUUAAAAAAAUUUAUUAUAAAUUGGGCAAUGAAUGUAGGUUUACAUUACAAAAAAUCCUCAUCUCAAUAUAAACUUGCUGAAAAAUUGGUUUUCAAAAAUAUAUAUGAAAAAAUUGGUUUUAAUAAUAUAAAAAUUGUUGCAACAGGUAGUGCCCCAUUAUCUAAAAAUACCAACAACUUUUUUAAAUCUAUUGGUAUCUCAAUAGGGAAUACAUAUGGUUUAUCCGAAACCACUGGAUGCUCAGUAAUUGAAUCACCAGAAUUUAGAUUAGGAAGUUGUGGAAAAGUAAAUAAUGGUGAAAUUAAAAUUGCAAAUGAUGGUGAAGUUUUAUUAAAAGGUGAUUUUAUAUUCAAAGGAUACUACAAUAACCAACAAGCAACUGAUGAAGUAAUUGAUUCUGAAGGGUGGUUACACACUGGUGAUGUAGGUACAUUGGAUAAAGAUGGUUAUCUUUUUAUUACAGAUAGAAAGAAAGAAAUUAUUAUAACAUCAGGUGGUGAAAAUAUUGCACCAACAAUGAUUGAAAAAAAAAUAGGAAGUAUACCUGGUGUUGAAUAUGCUGUUAUUUAUGGUGAUAAACAAAAGUUCCUUGUUGCUAUUAUAACACUAAAUUUAGAUAUUUUAAAAUCUAUGAAAUUACAAAACCUUAUAAAAUUUAAUGUACCCAACACAUUAACUGAAGCAUCCAAUGAUGAAAACAUACAAAACUACAUCAAGGAACAAAUGGAUCUAGUUAAUAAGGAUUUAGCAAGAGUACAAACAAUAAAAAGAUUUAAAAUACUACCAUGUGAAUUUGUUGAAAUAGGUCAAGAAUCCGAACUAACACCAACAAAAAAACUAAAAAGAAAAUAUAUUUAUCAAAAAUAUUUUGAAGUUUUUAAAUCAUUAUAUAAUGAUAUAUGGAUAAAUAAUAAUUAA